AUGCGCACACACUAUGAAAUCCUUGAAGUUACCAGCAGUGCUUCACGAGCAGAGAUCCGUAGAGCUUUUAGGAGAAAGCUCCUGUGCUAUCAUCCUGACAAAAGAAUUUCUUAUGAAAACAAUGCAUUCAGCGAAAUUCAAGUAGCAUGGAAUGUGUUAAAGAAUGUGGAACUUCGGAGUUUAUAUGAUGAGUCACUUCGACUAAAGCAGUGUCAUGAGAACGAUGUCAUACACGAAGAGAUAAAAGUGUCAGAUAUGGAAUAUGUACCAGUAGAUGAAUAUACUAAAGGUUUCACGUAUAAGUGUAGAUGCAGUGGAGAAUAUCAACUUGAGUAUGCUGACGCUGAAUUAUUGCAGUCGGGGCAAGUGAAGAACAUGGUGAUUUCUUGCAACUAUUGUAGUAGUUGUCUACAGGUUUCACUGUAA